CAACGUCUCCGCCAAAAAAUUAUUGUGCAAGCCGCUCUCCGAACGCCAGCAAUUGUCCUGAGACUCACCCAAUCCAGCGAUAAUUCUGCCCCCAAGCUGUUUGGAAUUCUACCACACUCACGAUCUCACACUUGAAUUCUGACAGAAGAAGAGCCUGUCUAUUACUGUUCACUGUCGUCGAGACUUCAUCCUCUACAUUUCUACUAUCUUGACUUCUGUACAACCCUCUUUUGUGUCUUCAACCCUCCCAAGUUCUUCCUCUGUUUACCCCUCACCGCCGCAACAAUGUCAGCAAAAUCCAUUCUCGAGGCUGAUGGAAAGGCCAUUCUGAACUACCACCUCACUCGUGCUCCAGUGGUCAAGCCGACUCCUCUGAAACCAUCUGGUGUGCACAAUCCUCCUGCGAAACUAGCCUCCCUCUACUUCCCCGAAGAUGAAUCGGUUAAGACGAUUCUUGAUCAAGCAGAAGCCACCUAUCCAUGGCUCCUCGCCCAGGGUGCCAAAUUCGUCGCAAAGCCAGAUCAGCUGAUCAAGAGAAGAGGAAAGAGCGGCUUGUUGGCCUUGAACAAGACGUGGGCCGAGGCCAGAGCAUGGAUCGAAGCCAGAGCCGGCAAGGAACAGAAGGUCGAGACGGUCACUGGCGUGCUCAGGCAAUUUUUGGUUGAGCCGUUUGUGCCUCACCCUCAAGAUACCGAGUACUACAUCAACAUCAACUCUGUCAGAGAUGGCGACUGGAUCCUCUUCACACACGAGGGUGGUGUCGAUGUUGGUGAUGUCGACGCAAAGGCGGAGAAGAUCCUCAUCCCAGUCGACCUGAAGAACUUCCCUUCGAAUCAAGAGCUGGCUGCGGCACUCCUCAAGAAGGUCCCCAAAGGUGUCCACAACGUUCUACUCGACUUUAUUGUCCGACUCUACUCCGUCUAUGUGGAUUGCCAGUUCACCUACCUCGAGAUCAACCCCCUGGUUGUCAUCCCCAACGCUGCAGGCACUUCAGCUGACGUCCACUUCCUCGAUCUUGCCGCCAAACUAGACCAGACGGCAGACUUUGAGUGUGGCACAAAAUGGGCCAUUGCACGGAGUCCUGCUGCUCUUGGUCUCCCCGGAACCAAGACCGAUGGAAAAGUCACCAUCGACGUGGGCCCACCAAUGGAAUUCCCCGCACCUUUCGGUCGCGAGCUCAGCAAAGAAGAAAAGUACAUUGCGGACAUGGAUGCGAAGACCGGUGCCUCACUCAAGCUUACCGUGCUGAACUCUCAAGGUCGCAUCUGGACUCUUGUCGCUGGUGGUGGUGCUUCGGUCGUGUACGCCGACGCCAUUGCUUCCGCUGGAUUCGUCUCCGAGUUGGCCAACUACGGUGAAUACUCAGGCGCCCCAAGCGAGACGCAGACGUACAACUAUGCCCGCACCGUUCUUGACCUGAUGCUCCGAGCGCCAUUGCACCCUGAUGGCAAGGUCCUGUUCAUUGGUGGUGGUAUCGCCAACUUUACCAACGUUGCCUCCACCUUCAAGGGUGUCAUCCGCGCCCUAAGAGAGGUCGCCCCUGUUCUCAACGAGCACAAGGUCCAGAUCUGGGUCCGCCGUGCGGGUCCCAACUACCAAGAAGGUCUCAAGAACAUCAAGGCCGUCGGUGAAGAGCUUAAACUAAACAUGCAUGUGUACGGCCCUGAGAUGCACGUCAGCGGUAUCGUGCCUUUGGCCCUGCUCGGCAAGAAGACCACCGUGCCCGAAUUCGGCGCGCAGUAGAUGACUCUCUUGGGCUGUUAUGUAGUUUGGUCUAAAGUAUCUUCCUUGUCAAGCAGUUUUGGUAGGCUGGCAUGCGCCUGGGCAAUCGGAAAAGGCAUUGGUGUUUCUUUGCGGAGUUUGCCUGAUGAUUACGAAGGAGCAUUGUUGCUAUGUAGUAUGACGAGUGGUCAUCGCCCUUGUUGGGCGGGAUUGAAACUCGAGACAGAUGAACGUGAAUAUCAGAUGUUAGACCUUUCACGAUAAUGACAAAGUGACGCAAGCCAAAUUUAUUCCUUGGUCCUUGUGACGGAUGCGAAUAA